AUGGAGUUUGGAGCUGCCACUGCAACUCUCACGAAGAAGCUCUCUAACGGCUACGGCGUCUCCGGAAGAUCCGCCUACGACGGCGUUUUUGCGGCUCCGAUCAAGCUCCGUGCUCCGACUUUCUCCUCUCAAUUCGACGAUUACUGCGAGAUUUUCGGCACUGCCGGAGCUUCGCUCGGUUCGUCGAUUCCGAUUCUGGAACUUCCGGAGCUCGAAGAGAGGAAGAAGAAGAUCGACGACGUUCGACGCUCGAGGCUCGAUUACUCGACUGUCUUCGGAGGGUUCGGGAACCUAGACACUGCCGUGCCUUUCGAGGAGCUAGUGGCCGAGCCAGUAGAGAAAGAUAGCUCCACUAGACGGAGUAAGGUCGAAGGAGGACACCAAUCUUUCCGGGAAGAGCUUACUACUUGUUCGAAGGAAAUUCCAGUGACAUCGUGGUCAUCCAAUGGUGCCAAAAGGGUCAAUAUGUCAUAUCAUAAAGUUAACCAAGGAAGUGAAAAUGGAACUAGUGGGACAACGCAUAUAGCUCAACUUGGUGCCGUUCCUGCUUACACUCAAUUAAUUGAAGAAGUCAAGCCGGUGAAGAUGAACAGAUCUAAUAAGUCUGUACCAGUAGCACAGGAUACUUAUUCUGGUAGUCAUGUCGAUGAGGGGAUAAAAGAAGCUGCACAUUCUACUACAUCAUUUACAUGUGCUUCACAUGAUAAUUCUAAGAAACAGUCUUCCAACAAUGGAGGAAAAGCUAAAAAGAGAUCUGAUUCCGUUGAUCUGUUUUUUGAUGCAUGUGAGAUCAGCAAUGGAAGUAAUGGAACACAACAUGUCAAAGUUCCUCAAUCAGAGACUAUAGAAAGCAACUUGAAUAAUCAAAAUGGUGAUGCUCUGAAAUCAAUGCCAAUCAAAUCCCAGGCAUCUAAAAGUAGCUCAUUCGAAGGUGUUGGUGCUGAUUCUCCACCAUACUCAGAUGACAUGGUACACUCUAAUUCAGAGGUAGCUGCUUGUGUAGCUGCUUUAAGAAAGGCGAUGGAAGAGGCUCAAGUAAGAAUGAAGAUUGCGAAAGAACUGAUGAGAAGAAAGAAAGAAGGUUUUCCUGAUCGUGUCAAACGGAGGUCUAACAUUGAAUUGAAAGCCGAGGGAAAAAGAGAGGCUAAAGUUACUUAUAAAACAAUGAAAAUUGAUACAAAAACAACAAUAGGAGAAAUGGAUACUUUUCCAAAUGCUUCUUCUGAGGGAGGGAAGUCAACUAUGAGAAUAGAAAAAGUGAGGCCAGAUCUGGGGGCAAAAGAAACCUGUGGAGCUAAAGAAGCUGUCCGAGAAGCACAGAAGAAAAUGAAAUCAACUGUAGCAAAACAUGAGAAAGAGGUCGAGCAGAAAGAAUCAAAUCAAAAGAGAAAAAUUCUUGAGCUGAAAGAGGCAGAAAAUAACAAGAAAGAGCAUUACGUCAACAAAACAGAUAGGAAUACCGCUGAAAAACCAGAAGAAUCUGAUCAAACAAUAGAAAUGGUCAAGGAAUAUUGGGGGCUGGAGAAUAAUGAAGAGAAGGUCCAUGCAGAUAAUGAAGCAUGUGCAUGUGAAGAACAUGUCCAGGAAAAUGGACAAAGGUGUCAAGAAGUAGUAGAUGAGACAAAACCGAUUCAGGAGGUAUUUGAAAAUGGAUUAAUGGACAAAGGUUUGAAUGUUAACAAACAUGGGGAAGUUGAGAAUAGGAUUACAUCUUUUUAUGAACUGGAAGACGGUGAAAGAAAUCUUGGUGGGCAAUGGUUAAUAACAGGAAAUGGGAAAAAUGUUGCAUGUGAGCAAGAAGAUGACAACAAAUUUGAAGGGUCCUUUGAACCGGAAGAAUGCAAAAUAAACUUGGGAGCUGUUCAGGAACUGGGAGAGGCUGAUAAGAAUAUCACACCAGAGCCAAAAGGAAGUGAGGGUAGAGUUUCCGUGUCUAGUGAGCUGGAAGAAUGUGAAUUGACAGAGAUUGUGGAGCCACUUGACAAUGAGAGUGUGUGCAGUCAACAUGCAACAAAGUUGACAACUAUGAAGGAAGGCACAGAGAACUUUGGGUGUUCAGAGGAUAGAAAUGAAAGGAAUGGUCCUCUGGAUAUCAAUCAAGAGACUGAACAUUCCUGUCAGAGAGAAGCCACUGAUAAUACCCUUAGCAAUGUCUAUGUGCAGGAAAUACUGGAGGAUAUUGUGGACCAUAUUCAUACAGAGGAAGAAAUUUUUGAAAGAAAUACUAAGGAAAGUAAAUUUGAUGGAAAUGGCAUGGUUCUAGAUGCUGAAGCAAGUGAGAAUGGAUUUGAAGGAGCCACUCAACUGAUGUAUGGAAAUACAAGGGAAAGGAUAGAUAACAAAGAGCCAGUUGAAGUUAUCAGAGUGAUUCAACCCGAUCCUUGUUGUGAGGAGGUAAAAGCAGAGGAAGCUGGCAAGACCAUAGAAACCAGUUCAAGCUAUGAGCCAGAUGUAACUGAGAAGUUGAACAAAACUUGGGCAGCUGAUGCAAUUAUUGAAAAUGAGGUUACUCUGGAAGUAAAUCCAGAGGCUCAUUCAUGUGAUGUGCUAGAUGAUGAUAUAUCUGUAGCAAGUAGUGCUUCAUUUCAACAAGAGAGAUAUGAAGAAACAGACCCCGAUCAGGAGACACAUGCUUUCCAUGAGAAACAUGCAGGUGAGACUUCUUCCUUCAUUCGAGUUGCCAUUGAACUCAAUGAAGCAGACAAUCAAAUACAAAAUAUCUUUGAAAGAGAGAACUCUGAAGGUGCUGCUACAAAUAUUGGUGACACUGAUAUAAAGGCUAGGCCAAAUGUAGAUCAGUGCUCAGAAAAGUCAGAAAAUUACUGCAAUCUGGAAAUGCUUGUUGAAGACACAACUCCUGAGUCUGUUGAAAUCUGCAAGGAUACAAAGGAGAUUAAGGUUGCAUUAAAUGAAGAUGUGGAUGAGAAUCCAUGUAACUCCUCUAACGGGGAAAAAUUCUAUGACAAUGAAGACAAUAUAUAUGAAUCCGAGAAACCUAGGACAUCUGAUUGGAAAUCAAGUCCCUUUAAAGAAAAAAAGAAGGUUGAAUCAAGUCACAGCAAUAAAAGGGAGAGUAGUCAAGCAUCCACAAUAGAAGAGAAGGAAGCAAAUGACAACUUGCAUAAGGAAGAGCAAAAAAGGGAACAGCUCAAAAAACUUGAUGAAGCAAAAGAGAGGGAGAAAGAAAGAGGAAAGGAGAAAUUAGCCGUAGAAAGAGCAAUUCGAGAAGCACGGGAAAGGGCAUUUGCUGAUGCCAGAGAAAGGGCAUCUCUAGAGAGAGCUGCUGCUGAAGCACGCCAGAGAAACAUUGCUGAUGGACGAGAAAGGCUAGGAAAAACCACUAGUCAGGCAAAUGAGAAGACCCCCGCUGAGAAGGCUGCUAUGGAGGCAAAACUUAAAGCUGAACGUGCUGCUGUGGAGAGAGCAACUGUAGAAGCACGGGCACGAGCCCUAGAAAGGGCACUCUCUGAGAAAGCUGCCUCUGAUGCAAGAAAUAAAUCUGACAAACCUGUUGCAGGCUUUGGGGCUUCCCGUGAUUAUGGAAUGAAGCAAAACUUCCAUUCAAAAUCUUUCAGCUAUGGUGUUCGUGAUUCUACUGAUGUAUUUGAUGGAGCUAAUGGUGAUUCUGCUCAGAGAUGUAAAGCUAGGUUUGAGAGGCACCAGAGAAUAGGGGAACGUGUGGUAUGGUUCCUGGCACAGGCUCUUGCAGAAAAGAAUAUGCGUGACCGGCUUGUGCAGAAGGAGCAAGAAGAUAGAAAUAGGGUAGCAGAAGUUCUUGAUGCUGAUGUUAAAAGGUGGUCAAGUGGAAAGACAGGAAACUUGAGGGCAUUGCUUUCUACAUUACAAUAUAUUCUUGGGCCCGAUAGUGGUUGGCAACCAAUUCCUUUGACAGAUGUAGUAACCACCCCAGCUGUAAAGAAAGCUUAUCGUAAGGCUACUCUUUUUGUGCAUCCUGACAAGCUGCAGCAGCGGGGAGCAAGUAUUCAACAAAAGUACAUUUGCGAGAAGGUUUUUGAUCUUCUAAAGGAAGCUUGGAACAGAUUUAACAUGGAAGAACGUUAA